AUGACAAUUACAGUGGGGGUUCUUGCCUUGCAGGGCGCGUUUGUUGAGCAUGUCGAACUGUUGAAAAAGGCUGUGGAGCAGGACUCUGCUGCGUGGCAAUUCAUCGAAGUGCGAACUUCAGAGGAGCUCGCCCGAUGCGACGGGCUUGUCUUACCUGGUGGCGAGAGUACCACAAUGUCUUUGGUUGCUGCGAGGUCAAAUCUUUUGGAACCGCUGAGAGAAUUCGUCAAGGUCCUUCGUAAGCCAACAUGGGGCACUUGCGCCGGCCUGAUUUUGCUCGCCGAGUCGGCGAACCGUACCAAGAAAGGUGGACAGGAGCUUAUUGGAGGUCUCGACGUUCGAGUCAAUCGCAACCACUUUGGCCGGCAAGCAGAGAGCUUCCAGGCCCCGCUCGAUCUUCAGUUCCUUGGCGAAACCGCAGAGCCAUUUCCCGCCGUUUUCAUUCGCGCACCGAUUGUGGAAUGCAUCUUGCCUCACCAAAAGGGUAUCCAGGUGGGGGAGAUGGAUCGGGAAGACACCGUGGUUGCUCCGUCCAGGCCCACCAAAGAUGCGGUGGCAGAAGCUGCGACGGCUGAUAAUGUUGAGGUGCUGGCCACCUUGUCAGGGCCCGCCGCCCGCAUCGCCACACAAAGCCGAAAUAUCAGUCCCGAUGAGGAGGUGGGCGAUGUUAUCGCUGUGCGCCAGGGUAACGUCUUUGGUACCAGCUUCCACCCGGAGCUGACUGGUGAUGCUCGAAUCCAUGCAUGGUGGCUGCGCCAGGUGCAAGCUGCUGUUAGCAAAAGAACGAAACUGGGACAUCAAUAG